AUGGGGCUUAGAAAGGUUCUGAAGGAAAUCUCUGUUGGAGACCUCAAGCCCAAUGAAACAGUUGAAGCAAAUCUAGAAGCACAACUACUCUCCAAGCUAGAUCACCCAGCCAUUGUCAAGUUUUAUGCAAGCUUUGUGGAACGAGAGAGUUUCUGCAUCAUCACUGAAUACUGUGAGGGUCGAGAUCUAGACUGCAAAAUUCAAGAAUACAAAGAAGCUGGGAAAAUAUUCACUGAAAGCCAGAUAAUAGAAUGGUUUAUACAGUUGUUGCUUGGAGUCAACUAUAUGCAUGAAAGGUACAGUAAUUUACUUUUUCAUAUGAAACCAGUUAGAUGUGAUAUGACAAAGCAGACUUGUAUUGGCUAAUUACAGAUAUUCAAA